UAACUUUGAAUGCUAAUCAAGCACAAAGCAAACCAUGUUGUCAGCAAGCGAAACUGGUAGUGAAAGUACCUCACCAUACCUCAAAAAAAUGCCGCCAGAAUUGGAAAAAGAAAUUCCAAAGGAGAGCGAUAUUACGAAUAACUUUAAGGCGUUGAAGGAUGUCCAGCUUCCGAUAGAUAUCCUGCUCCUGACUGUGAAAGACAUCGAGUUUCGAAGCUGUUACUUCAAUCUAGGAAAUGUCUUUCGAAGCUACGAGAGAGGCCUCGGUCAUGUGUAUUUCGGAGAGAUGGGUGAAGUCGGAGAUACGAAACUGAAAGUCGCUUUAAUUAAAUGUUCAGAGGGAGCAGCAAAACCGGGAGGAGCACUAAUCGCAGUAAAGAAUACUGUGGUGAAAUUACGACCGAAAGCUGUGUUUUGUGUCGGUUGUUGUGGAGCAUUGCAUCGGGACAAGACUAAGCUAGGAGAUGUUAUCGUUUCCGCAAAGCUGACUACUUACGCAGACAAAAAAGUGACGAAUCAGGGAGUUUAUCCGCACGGCUUCUCUGUGCCAGUUAGUAGCGACAUCUCUGGCUUGAUAAAUUACGCUGGUCAUGGCUGGAGUGCCCCUUUAAAGAAUCAAGAAGAAAGAGGAUCAGUGAAAGUUCAUAGCGAUGGAGAGUUUUUGAGCGGACCAGAAGAGAUUGACUCCGAAGAAAGAAGGGACGAACUCGUAAAGCUCUACCCCAACGCAAUCGCAGUCGAAAUGGAUGGCCAAGGUGUGUUCAGUGCAGCUCAUGACCUGAAGAUGGAGUGGGUGGUAAUCAAAGGCGUUUCUGGCUAUAUAGACGGCACGGCCUCUCUGACUGAGGACUGGAAGCCUUUUGCCAGUGUCAUGGCAGCUUCUGUUGUCAAAAACAUCCUUCGUGUGCCUGAUGUGUUUGAAGGAUGGGCGCAUUACCCGAGCAGCGAUAUGGGAAGAGCACCAAAUGAAGUCCAAGUACCUGUUAUUAAUAAUGGAGCAAUCGCAAGGAGGAACAGUCCAAAUGAUAUAUUGGGGUCUUUUCUGCACUCACUCACUAACUGGUGAAUCAGACUAGAUCAGUUACAAAGGACGAGAAAUUCACUACAGAUCCCGUGGAAGAGUGCACUCCUUGAAAGAACUCUGGGUGUUUGAUGCCACUGCCUGGGACUUAGAGAGUGGAAUAAGCACGGAGGCUCGUCUUUACCCGAACAGUCA